AUGUCAACUAACCUUAUCGCUGGAGCACUCUUCCACGUCAACGGCAUCGUAGCUGUUGUCACGGGGGGAGGAUCUGGCAUCGGACUAAUGAUCACUAGAGCUCUCGUGGCCAACGGAGCUCAUCGAGUCUUCAUUGUCGGACGUAGAGAAGAUGUUCUUCGAAAAGCAGCCGAAGACAUCAACCCUGAGAUUGUCACUCCAAUCUCGGGCGAUAUUACUUCGCAAGAAUCUCUCAUCCAGGUCGUGGAGCGCGUAAAAGUAGAAAUCGGCUACGUCAAUCUCCUCAUCGCGAAUGCUGGCAUCAUGGGUCCUCGCCCGCUCAAAAACGCUCCAGAUGCACCACCGCCUUCUAUAGCGGAGUACAGGGCGCACGCACUCAAGACGCCCAUGGAAGACUUUACUCGGACGUACGCGGUCAACACAACGGGUGUCUACUACACGACCUUGGCUUUCCUAGAACUGCUAGAUGCAGGUAACAAGACAGCGAACAUGGGACCCGACUGGCGCAGUCAAGUCAUCGCAACAAGCAGCAUUGGCGGCUUCAGCAGACUGAACGGCGCAUCUUUCGCAUACAAUAGUAGCAAAGCAGCUGUUGCGCAUAUGAUGAAGAUGAUGGCAACCACUUUCGUCCCGUUCAAGAUUCGAUGCAAUGUGCUCGCACCUGGCAUCUUUCCGUCGGAUCUUGCAGGAGGAAUCAUGAGCAGUUUAGACCCGGGCAAAAGUGGCAUACAAUUCCUCGCUGAACCCUUCCAUCGCAUGUUCUUCCUAGACAACCUGGCCAUUGGGUACCCACACGCGGAAAUCGAGCGUGUGUCUGUCGCAUGGCUAUUCAUCUACGCCGGCGCCGUCCCCCUCGGAACCCUUGUAGCCUGGGCCCUCGUCGUCCGCCCGGGAACACACAAAGCACACGUCACGAUCCUCGGCUGGUUCAUCAGCAUGAUCCUGACACUCUUCAUAACCGAUGUAAUAAAGAACGCAGUGGGGAGGCCACGACCCGACCUGAUUGCACGCUGUAAGCCUGCGCCGGGCACCCCUGCACAUCAGUUGGUUACAUUUGAAGUGUGUACAGAGCCGAACCACCAUGUGUUGCACGAUGGAUGGAGGAGUUUUCCAAGUGGACAUAGCAGCUUCUCCUUCAGCGGGUUGGGCUAUUUGGCACUGUUUAUUGCGGGGCAGUGCCAUGUCUACCGUCCACGAGCUGAUCUGGCGCGUGUCCUGCUCGCUCUUGCGCCGCUGCUCGGUGCUGCGUUGAUCGCAAUUUCGCGUUGCGAAGACUACCGACACGACGUCUAUGACGUUUCGGUUGGCUCGGUGUUGGGCAUGGCGGUCGCGCAUUAUACAUAUAGAAGGUAUUAUCCGGCGCUAAGGAAUAAGGGUUGUGCUACGCCAUAUCCGAAUCCAGCGGAUGAAACGAAGGGGUUUGGGAAGGUGAAGGAUGAAGAGGAGGCUCUGAGAGGAGUACAAGAGUUUGAAUUAGAUGAUUUGAGCGAGGAAGAGGAAGGGUCGAGAGAUUCUCGGCCGUUAAAUGGCAGACGAUAA